AUGUACAAGCUCCUCCUGGCUCUGGCCCUCGGGGUGCUCCUGUCUGAGAUGAGGCUGGAGAGUGAGGCCAGGACACCCCCAUACGGUGUUAAACUGUGUGGCAGGGAGUUCAUCCGCGCAGUCAUCUUCACUUGUGGAGGAUCUCGGUGGAGACGAGCAGAAGAUUAUGGUGCCCCCCCGAGAGGAGAUUCUGCAGAAGCUUUCAUUGCAACUUCCUCCUCCAGUGAAUGGGACUCAAUCCAUGCCCCCUCAAAGGAUCCAGCUGAUUAUUAUGGGAGCUGGAGGAGCCAGCAGAGCCACAAUCCCUCCGAAGAAAGCUGGGCUUUGGAUCGUGGCUCCCGUGAUGUUAUGGCAGGACUGAGCAAUGCCUGUUGCAAAUGGGGCUGUAGCAAGAGUGAAAUCAGCUCCCUGUGCUAAGUGAUAGUAUGUGUGGUUGGGGGCAUGCCAUGGGGGGAAAGAAAGCAUAUUGAAAUAGAUGUGAGCUUGAGCUGUAUUCCAUCAGAUGCUAAAAUCAUAACUGGCCCUGGCAUUCUUUAUUAAACAUCUGGUCCUUAUUAUUUCCAGAAUAAAUUCCCAACUCACUUCUCAGCAUCCUUUGGACUCACUCGCAGGGGUGUAGCUACGAUUGAACAGGGGGGGCCCCAAAUGUCCCUGGGUCCCUGAGUGGGCGGAGGACCAGUUGGGUGACAGCUUGCUCUUUGCUCCCCUCCUUGUGCUUCUCUGAAGAAGGUGUGGGGUGCAGAGGUCCAUCGUCACGUUUUGUCCCUGGGCUCACUCCAACCUGGCUAUAUCCCUGCUCACUCAUUAAGUGACCUACAUCGGUGAAAUGCCGUGUGGCAAUCUGUUCUUGUGAGGGGCUCCCUACAGUGGAUUUUAAAUACAUUGAUGCAAAUACAAUUACUGCUGGGAAUAUGGCAGAUAGAGGGGUCUCUCUCGCCUCCCAACCUCCUGCUCUGUCAGUCAUCACAGUACAUCCUUCCCACACAGCUGCAGUUGGUAGGUAAACCUAAGCUUGUUUUUCUGGUGCGAUUCCCACAGUGGAAUGGCCAACGUGCCUGCUGACACCCGGCCAUGGAGUCUUCCCAGAUGCUACAGAGUCUCUGGACUUGCAGUGCAGCAUGUCCCUUGAGGGUUUGCUUGUGUCCCACACAUGUUAUCUCAUGAAUGUGUAACUGAGUUUUGCUUUGAGAGGGAUAGCAUCCCGCAUGACAACUUUGGAGUUGUUGUUGUUGCUGCUGCUUCCC